UUCAAGAUGAUUAUUCGUUUCCUUAUUUCUCACGCACACGAACCCAAACCUAGCAACCUAACGGCGAAGCUCUCGAGCUCUCGGCGGCCAUGGAGGUCGGCGACGACGACUGCCCUCCCCUCGCUGUCGAGCUCCCGCCGCAGACGGCCUCUCCUCCGUUUCCCGCUUCCUCCUCCGCCUCCGCCUCCGCGCCGGUCGGCGUCACCGUCAUCACCGGCUACCUCGGCGCCGGCAAGUCCACGUUAGUCAACUACAUUUUGAGUGGACAACAUGGGAAAAGAAUAGCGGUAAUACUGAAUGAGUUCGGAGAGGAAAUUGGAGUAGAAAGAGCAAUGAUCAAUGAGGGGCAAGGUGGUGCCGUUGUUGAGGAGUGGGUGGAGCUAGCAAAUGGAUGCGUUUGUUGCACUGUAAAACACAGCCUGGUUCAAGCACUUGAGCAACUUGUGCAGACUAAGGAGAGAAAGUUAUGUUGGGGGGAGGGGGCAAUUUCCAGACUCGGUGUUGAAGCUCUGUUUUUACCUCAAGUCAAAUUAUGUACUCACUACAUCUGCUGCAGAAUGGAUCAUAUAUUAUUGGAGACAACUGGUUUGGCUGAUCCUGCACCACUUGUCUCCAUUCUCUGGCUGGACGAUCAAUUGGAGUCAUCAAUCAGACUAGAUUCUAUCAUUACGGUUAUUGAUGCAAAAAACUUCAGGCGGCAAAUUGAUGAACACAUGAACUCUUCCUCAUUUCCUGAAGCAUUUCACCAAAUCGCGUUUGCGGAUGUUGUGAUAUUAAACAAAAUUGAUUUAGUAAAAGACGAUCUCGAGGAUUUGGAAAGGCAAAUUCAUGAUGUCAAUGCGCUUGUUACAGUGGUGCGGUCUGUGCGGUGCCAGGUUGACUUAAAUACAAUAUUUGAUCGACAGGCAUAUGGUGUGAAGAAUUCAUCACAACUACAGGAGCUUCUGGAGUACAGUAAAUCAGCACCACCUAAUAGUCGCCAUGAUAACAGUAUUUCCACUUUGUGCAUUUAUGAACAGGAUCCAGUUUGCUUGGCUAAGGUGGAAUCAUGGCUUGAAGAUCUUCUUUGGGAGAAGAAAUCCAACAUGGAUAUAUAUCGUUGCAAAGGGAUUUUGAAUAUCCAUGAUUCAAACCAACUUCAUACAUUACAGGCAGUGAGGGAAGUCUAUGAGGUUGUGCCGGCUCGAGAAUGGUCGGAGACACAAUCUCGCAUGAACAAGAUAGUUUUCAUAGGCCGUGAUUUGGAUAUCAGUAUCCUCCAAGAUUCAUUUAGUCGCUGCAAGCACUAAUUCUCUAAUGAUUUGCAUGUCACCUUGCACCUCUGUCACUGAAUACUUCAUGGACGCUCACACAGCCUGGACUGGGAUUAGGGUGUUCUCGUAUGGUUCCCGAAGUUACAUUCUGUUGAACGAUCUUCAGUAGAGGCGAAGCAGUUUGCAGUGCCGAGACCAAGAGACGACUUCAAUUGCUGCUGUGAGGCUAUGUGCCAUCGGAGCACCUCCCUGAUACACUAGAAAGGCAUUGUGCUGAGCAUUUGUAAAUGUUCAGUAUAGCGAAUGCAACCGUGUUAGGGUUUUGCAGAGGGAAAAUUAUCCAAUCGUAAGAGGAUGUGAUCUGAACAUGGUGCAGAAAGACCUAAAUUGAAAUGAACGGAAGAUGCCUCUGGAACUUUUUGGUUA